AUGGCGAUCGAAACAGAAACAGAAAUUGCUGCGCCGCCUUGCAAAGUGCGAGAAAUCCUGCUGGACUUCUCCAACUACCCGAAAUGGCACACAGGCUUUAUUAAGCAACUCGAGCCCGAGGAUACCUCCAAGUCGCUGUCGUCGCUGCAACCGGGCGACAAGGUCAAAUGUAAUAUUGAUGACAUGGAAUUUGUCGCUAGUAUCACGGAGAACUCAGAGAACCUCUUCCAAUGGCAAGGCCCACCAGUCUAUGGUCUCAUCGCCGGUCUUCAUAGCUUCCACUUCGACCUCGCGGAUGAUGGCUCAUCGACGGUUUACAAGCAGACCGAGAAGUUUUCGGGCCCGAUCGCAUUCCUCAUGACGCCCUCACUGCUUGGGAGAAAGAUGCUAGGUCAAUUCAAUCAAUUCAAUAGUCAUCUCAAGGCUUAUGCCGAAGCUUCUGGUUAG